UGGGAAGGCUACGGUCAGAUACAUCACUGGGGUGUUCUUAACCCCUUCUGUGCUGCCGGAAGGUUGGGAGGAGGGGGGGGGGGUUUGCCUCCCCAGAUGGUUAAAUUAGAGUCGCCCCCAGCCCCUUCUUUCCUGCCCCCUGAGACUGCUGUUUCCCUCUGGUACUGAGAUGGGAGUCGCGCCCCAAUGGGCAGGAAUUCAGUUGUAGCCCCGACUCCAUCCCUUACAUAAAGUGCCAGCCCUUCCUAUUGUGGCAUUUAGUGACUUUGUGCCAAGCCUUUCAUCUCACCAUGGAGAGCAGAAGCGCCAAGGAGCAGGACAGUGACAGCGGGCGGAUCACCAGUCAGAUGCUCAAGCUGAGGACCGGAGAGUUUGACCUGGAGUCCAUCUUGUUCCUGAAGCUGAGGGGCCUGGGGCUUGCUGAGCUGGGCUGCAUAGGAGACUGCACCAACCUGGAACGUUUGGACCUGUCCAACAAUCACAUCGUCCACUUGGGCCCAUUGUCCUCUCUGAAGAUGCUGGUGGCUUUGAACUUGUCCUGCAACCGGAUCUCCAGCCUGGAACCCUUGGCCUCCUGUGAGAACCUACAGACCCUCAACGUGGCUGGCAACCUCCUGUGCAGUAUCGAGGGGCUGCAGUGCCUGAAGGGGCUCCGCCGGCUGGAGAGCAUUUGGCUACGGGAUCCAGUGUACAACCUGGGCAACCCUCUGUGCAACAGCGCCUCCUACAGGCAUGCCGUGUUGGACACAAUCCCCAGCGUCCGCGUCAUUGAUGGCCAGAGGGUCUCGGGCACUGGGAGUGACCUUUACCACCUGUGCAAGGACAUUGACAAUUCCCUGAAGAGGGUUUUGGGGAGUGGGUUGGCGGAUGCGCCCGGAUCAGUCCGACCUUGGGUGGAAGAGGGGUACUGGGACCCGACUCCCCCCCAGAGCGACCUCAUUGAGGAGACCUACAAACAGUUCAAUGAGGUUCUACAGGAGUGCAAAGAGCUGAGCAAGAGGGCGGACGACACCAUUGCCCAAGCGGAGCGGGCACUCAGCACUAGGAGUGAGCCCACUUCCUUUGUCUUCUGAGCAGAACCGGAUCACAAAGCUGUCAAUGUGCCAAAUUACCCAAUGGGAACACAGGCAGAACCAUGUGUAGGUAGGCUCUCUGUGGGUCCUAAGCUUAAUUCCCAGCAUCCUUUACCAACCGCUGGCUGUCUAUUACUAGGGUUGUAAUAUACAGGGCUGUCUAUAGUGGCAGGAGGGUCCCACUUUGGUCCAUUAUAUAUUUAGCCUUCAGAUUGUAGAGUGUACAGCUCCACAGCUACUAAAGAACCAUUAUACCAGCAGGGUCUACAUUUCAUUGGUUAAGGUAGCGCUAUCCAACCAAAAUAAAGCUCUUCCCCUGACUAUAUAUAUAUAUAUAGUAUAUACACAGAUACAGGCAAGUUCCUUUACCACAGUCACCUUAUGUCUCUUCCAGUUAACACAGAAAAAAUUCCAACAUUUGCCACCAGGUGGCGCAUGGUCUAUGGCAUUUUCUAUUAUAUUUUGCUGGCAGUCAGUGCGCUCUGGCGCCAUCUAGAGGCAGGAUUUACAGUGAACUACAUCUCCCAGCAUCCUUAGCCAGCCACAUUUAAUGACAUGCAUGUUUAUUUUUUUUUUUACUUUGCCGCCUGUGUUACUGUGCUGUAUUUUCCUGUGGGUUUUGAGUGUGUAAAAUAAAAGCCUAAGGAUUUA